UCAUUUUAAUUUUCUGUAGUAAAAAUGAUGGUUACAGUACUGGCACAGAUUAUAGACAGACUGCCUUUAUAAGAGCUUGAUGAUUAAUGCAAUAUUUUGCAACAAUCGUGCUUUUCGGCAUAAUAAAUGUAACGUAGUAAACAUGAUAUCAACAAAAAUGUAGAAAUAAUUAGCAAUUGAGUGAAACAAUACAAAUUGUAUAAUCUAAUACAUCUAUGAGUAUUAGUUCAUAUGAUCGUGAUUGAGCAGUCUAACAUAUCUUACUGGGGGACAUUUUUAAAUUAGUUUGAACAUGCUUUGCCUUGUCCGGUUUUUUCUACAUAGGAUAAUAUUUGUGUGAUGUAUACUUUAUUUCAAAUUACUGAUGGCCGCAGAAUGUCAUUACCACUCAUGGUCAAGAAGACACACUAUAUAGCCAAAACUAUAUGAACACCUGAUAUCCAAGAUCUUAUACAAAACUGUGGGCAUUAAUAUGGCGUUGGCAAAGCCAUCGCUGCCGUAACAACCUCCAUUGUUCUGGGAGGGCUUUAUACUAGAUGUUGUGUAGAUGUAGAUUGACUGCACCCAUACGCUGAGCGACAUUGAUUCCAGAAAAUAAAGCACUAGGUCACAGUUAGAAAGAAAGUGAGGCAGUGAGAAUGACUUCUUCAGCAGUCAGAGGAUGCUUCGGCAGAUGCUUCAAAAAAAUGUAAAUGCAAACGCUACAGCCAGGCCCUUCAUGGAAAUAAUGUGAAGUGCCUCUUUGUUUAAAUGCGUGUGGAUGGAUUUCUUGUUUGCAUCUCUUUUGAAAACACAAGCAUAUUUGUUUUUGGCUUCCGUAAAACUAGUAUUUUAUUUCCUCAUUCAGAAACUGUUCAGAUCUCCCUCUUCACCAUGCAGCAUCUCAACACCUCCAGCUCCAACUCCACCUUCUGGAAUAUUGACCAAGUGGCCCCCAGUGUGGUCCUGGGGCUGUGCUGUCUGAUGGGCGUCCCUGGCAACAUUGCGGUCAUCGUGGUGAUAGUGCGCAGGUACAAGAGUGAGAAUUUCACCCUGAAGCUGAUGCUGAACCUGGCGGUCUCUGAUCUUUUGUCCCUCAUCACACUACCGAUGUGGAUCUAUGCCUUGCUAUACGGCUGGGUGUUUCAAUGCUUGACCUGCAAGUUAAUAACUUACUUUAUCUACUGUAAUUUAUACUCAAACCUGCUGACAGUCACCCUGAUGAGCGUGCAGCGCUACCUGGCUGUGCUGUACCCUCAGUACUGGGCGAGGCUGCGUGGGAUGGGUGAGAGGGUUCUGCUGGUCACCCUGUGGGGGCUGUCAGGUGUUCUUGCCUCCCCCAUGAUCGUGAAUCGGGAUGUGGUUGUACUCAAGGACAAAGGUCAGUACAGUUGUAUUAGGAAGUUCAGGUCAGACGGGGAGGCAGUGGCCGUUCUGCUCAUGGAGACUCUGCUGGGGUUUGUUGUCCCUUUCUCCAUCCUGGUCACCUCUUACUUCUGCCUCCACAAGAAAGUGAACCAGACCGCCUUCUUCAGAAACCAGAGGAUGACCAGGCUUGUGACCAGCAUCGUGGUCACCUUCUUCAUCUUACGGAGUCCCUUUCAUGUCAUCAAUGUGCUGGAAAUAUCCUCGAUCAUGCUAAAAUCCAGAAGUCUGCUUAAAUUCUCUGAGGUUGCUCAGAACCUUACUGGAGCUCUCACCUUCAUCAACAACUGUGUGGACCCCUUCCUCUAUGCCUUCAGCUCACGAAAUCUCAAGAUUCCCAGUCAUCAGGAAACAUCAGAAAUGUCUCCACCAGGAAUGUCUUAAACAUCUGGCCAUCUUCCUAACGUCUCCACAGCUGAGGAACUCCAUUCUUACUGCUACAGUAAACUGUCUGUUGAACUGAAAUGUACAAUUGACAGUUCAAGCAUUUAUCAGAUGCAAAGUAACGUCAUGGAGCCAUGUCAGUUUUUGUACAUAGCCUUUUUAUCAUCUAGAUUGCUUCUUAAAUUUCUUUCUACGUGCUUAGCUUUUUAUAAAUUAGACCAGUCAUAUUAUUAUUAAGCAAGGCUGAUGUUUGUUUCAUUCAUAAUACAAAUCUUCUACUUAUGCAAAUACUUUUCAAUAAAUUUUUUUCUUGUUGGUGACAAUUGCAUGAAUAUUACACUGCUACUGUAUAGUCUCUCGAGGAGAAAGUAUCCAAAUUUUAUCAGUAAUGAUACAUUUACGUUCUAUUACUCAUUACUUCGCCCUUAAUUAUAUGCAGAAUCUGAACAAAUAUAUUUUUUCAACACAUACCACUGCAGAAUCACAUAGGAAACCAGGUGUGGUUAGAGUUUGGAUGACAUCUUAAUUCUAAAAAAUGAGCUGAAGCUGAACACCAAGCUGAUGUGAUAUGAAUGUUAUACAUUUUCAGAGGGUCUGCUCCUCUGUCGGGUAUGUAACAUGCAUCUUGUGUGAACUGACUCCCCAUCUGAAACAUAAAAAAUACUGACUGGAUAAUGAUCUAUUCAUAAGCGAUUAUGAAACCCUUGGGAUAGUAUUUGGAAUAAUCUUAGUUUUAGUUUAUUUUAAUCUUAGUUUAUCUUAGUUUAUCUAAAAAUCCUGAUCAUCAGCUUACGCAUG